AACCAUGCCAAGCACCAAGAAAAGAUAUUCUUUAAUAUAAUAACGUAUUUUAAGGAAGAUCCUUAUCAGUUUCCAUACUGGAUUCCACGGAGCGAAUAUCUGGAUGGGUAUGCAAAAUUCGCUGGCAUGUCUUCUUCCCGGUUUCGCGACGUCAAGAUUCCAGUUUUAUGGCAUGCGCCAUUGCUGCAGCGACAGCAAACUGAAAAUGAACGCAGGUUUCCUCUGAUUGUAUUUUCUCAUGGCCUUGGCGGUAAUAGGACAACCUACAGCACAGUGUGUUACGAUCUGGCGAGUCACGGCUUCAUCGUUGCCGUGCUUGAACAUCGCAACUUAAUCAUUCUGGUUUUUGCAUUUAAAAACAAAUCUUUGAUUUCUAAAACUGCGAGUUGCCGAAUGUCAGAACGCAUUGAAGGUAUUGCAGAAGAUCGAGAUGGCGUACCUGUGAACUUGCUUUUAGGCGAUGACUUCGAUCUGUUGCAAUUCAAAGUAACUAUUGAUUCGUUCGACUUUGAUCGUACUGCCAUCAUUGGUCAUUCGUUUGGCGGUGCUACAGUCAUUGGAGCGUUGGCAGAAUCGGAAGCCUUUAAAGUCGGCGUUGUGCUCGAUGGCUGGAUGUUUCCACUGAGCGCAGACGUUUAUAGCCGCGUUCCACAGCCGAUCUUGUUUCUCAAUAGCGACUCGUUUCAGUGGAAAGACAACAUCGACUGCAUGCGUCAGCUGUACUCGUCUGAUGUCGAACGCACCAUGGGAUCCGUUCAUCAGAGUCAUUCAGACUUCACAUUCCUCGUUAACCAGUGGAUCGGCAGACGCUUAAACAUUCGGGGAACAAUCGAACCGAUGCUUUGCGCUGAAAUCAGCGGUCGACUUAGUAUCUCUUUCUUGUCGACACAUUUAAGUACGUUUCGUCAUUUCUGUGAUUAUGAUUUUGAUCAAAGUAGCGAUUUUUACUUAGAAUAA